AUGCCUGAGUCAGGACAGCUUAACAUCACCAACAGUUCUGGCUCCACAGGCCUGCCGUUCCUGGUCCUGAAGGAACAGCUUCCAUGUGGAUUGUCUCAAGCCUUGGGGGUCAUGAUGACUCUGCGGGGUACAGGAUCAGAGUUCUUUGACAGGAAGAGAACUGCAGGGAACACGGAUUAUGAACAGAUCAGAGAAAGGAACGAAGACAUUCUACUCUCUCAACCCAUCAGACUCCAGAGGAAGGACCCUGUGCAAUUCUGGGCACUACAGUGCAACAAGGACAUCGCUAAGCUGGACACCGUCCAGAGCAGGGGGCCAAAGGGCACCUGCAGGCAGAAAGAGUUUUGGUACGACUCUCAAUCACAGUGGUUUGUUUUUGGCGGUGGGACCCAACUGACCGUCAUCGGUCAACCCGCAGUAGCCCCCACCGUUAAUGCCUUUGCUCCAUCCCAAGAAGAGCUAGCCACCAAGAAGGCCACCCUCGUGUGUCUGCUGAGUGGCUUCUACCCAAGAACAGUGGAGGUGGCAUGGACCAAGGAUGGCUCCCCCGUGUCCCAGGGUGUGGAGACCUCCCAGCCGUCCCGCCAGAGUGACAGCAAGUACUCAGCCAGCAGUUACCUCUCACUCUCUGCUGACCAGUGGCUGUCAGCCGACACCUUCACCUGCAAGGUUACCCACGAUGGCAAGGUCAUCCAGAAGGAGCUCUCCCGGAGCCGGUGCACUUAGAGGCCCACAUCUCUC